AUGCAUGAAGAUCACUGCUUGCCGCCUGUGAACGCCGUCAGUGACAGCAGCAGUUCCGGGGAAGAUGGUGGGAAAGCCUUCCCCACUGGCAGGGGGAAGAAGAGGAAGGCGCUGGCUGGGGAUAUUGAGGCUGAUGUGCGAAGUUCUCGGCGGUUUGAUCGCCUCAAGAAGGCAGUGGUGAACGGCGAACCUGCCCCUCCGGUUGACCUCCGAUAUUUGGUUCGCCCCCAUCAAGACUCUGGUGAUAGUGAGAUGCGGUCAUCAGUUGCAUCUUUCCUCAGUGAAAUUUAUUAUUCUGUGGCUGAAACGUUGCCCGAUUUCCGAGACGACCCCGAAGACGAAUCGAUUUCCGUGAUUGUGCCAGUGGAUGCGGAAGAGGGGAGUGAAGACUAUGAUCCUUAUGGGGCAUGCUUGCAAAACCACCAGACUGACACGUUGAAAGCACAACUUGCCAAGCCGAAGAUCAAGAAACCUCGCAAAAUGAAGGGUUCAGUUGAUGCCACAACUGGCGAGUCAGGACGUGAACCGAGGUGGCUACCACCGGGACAGAUCAAAGAUUAUUGGGAACAAUACAGACAGAGGUACAGGGAGUCCACUUUCAAACCCGCUUCUUUCACUUUGUUCUGGCGGGUAUGGUUGUCCGACUACCCAUUUCUAAAGUUCAGACAAGCCAGACAGCAUCCAGAGUGUUCGAUUUGCAUAAAGCAUAAAAUGGCCAUUCGCAGCUUGGGACACCAUCUGAACGCGCGGUUGAAGCAACUAGAAGAGUAUCACAACCAUUUGCACAACCAAUACUUGGAUAGACUGGCGUAUUGGAGCAGCCGUGGCGUGUCCAGAUCACGAGGAAACGAACUUACCAUCAUAUGCGAUGGUAUGGACCAGGGUAAAUUCGCAUAUCCUAGGGCACCAUGCAUGAAGAGUAAAGACUUCGCUUCUUGGUCCAGACCCAGAGCUCACGUCAUUGGAGUGCUGCUCCACGGUCGCGCCAUCGUCUUCGCUGUGACGGAGCCAGACGUACCCAAAGACUCAACUACGCACGUUGAAUUGCUUGCAAUUUGCCUCACCAAGCUUGCGCAUGAUGGUGUGCAGCUCAAGGAAUUGGCACUCACUUUACAAUGCGAUAACACCGUCAGGGAGUGCAAAAACAACACGAUGACGCAGUUCUUGGCAUCCCUCGUUUCCAAAGGAGUUCUUCGAGAGGCCACACUCAGCUCGUUGAGAAGCGGACAUUCUCAUGAGGAUGUGGACCAAGUAUUCGGCCGGCUGUCAAGAUUUAUCACAAAGCACGGUAAGGUCGCUCAAACCCCACAGGACUUCGCCUGCUUGAUUCAGCGGUUUUUGAAAGAAGCCGAUUUUCCGUAUGAACCAGCUGCGAAGGGGUAUGUUUGCAAGAUCGAUCAAACACGAGACUGGUAG